AUGACGACAGAAGAUAACUUCAUAAAAGACGUUUAUGAUACUAAACAGCUACCAUUAGCUUUUUUUGAGCCGAUUACAAGACAAGCUAAAGUUCCUGGUGAUAUCUUUGAUAAUGCUAGUAAAACUUUACUCUUAACAACUCAAUUUUUAAUUUCAAUUUCACUUGGUUCUGUAACUCUUCUUACUUUUUGUUUUUUGAGGACUCGAUGGCGUUCAAUGUUUGCUCCACGUUUAAGGCUUAAAAGGCUUGCACCAGAUCCUUUACCACCAUCCUUUUUUGGAUGGAUAGUACCUUUAUAUAAAAUUCCCGAAUCAACAGUCCUGAACAGGGUUGGUUUAGAUGCAGCUGUGGAUCCAGAUGAUUCUCACGGUGAUGAUCCUAAUGUCGAUAAUAAUUUUGGUAAUGAUCCUAUCGAGCUUCCAGUAGACAAUAGGCCAGAACCAUUGCCUGUCUUAAUUUCAUAUGCUCUAUUCACAUGGGUCUUUUCCAUCGCAUCUUAUUAUUUUAUGUUUUACAAUUAUCGGGAAUUUUCUAAUGUAAGGCAUAGAUAUUAUCUUAAAUGGAAAGAAACAAUUACUUCUAGGACUGUUAUGGUAACCGUUAUUCCAAAGAGAAUACAAACAGAUAGAGCGCUUGCUGAAUUUUAUGAUUCGUUAGGUUUUGGUCCUGUUGAAAGUGCUGUUAUCUAUCGAUAUGUAAGGAGGUUAAGACAUGCAAUUAAUGAUAGAUUAAAGGCUUUAAAAAAAUUGGAAAUGGCAUAUACAGAAUAUUUGGGGAACCCGUGUACAGAUGAUGAUUAUGAUCGUGAUGAAACGCUAAAGGCAUUUGAGCAUGCACAAACUAUAGACCCUUCAUCAACUGAUGAAGUGACAUCUGCUGUUCUUUCACCUGUUGGUCGAAAUCGUCCUACAAUGAGGACUGGAUUAUUUGGAUUAUUUGGUAAAAAGGUAGACAAGAUUGAAUAUUAUACCGAAAAAUUUAAUGAAAUUGAUAAAAUGGUUCAACGAGGUAGACGUGGUGCUUAUCAUUCUUCAUCAGUUGGAUUUGUUACCUUUGAAAAUAUAACUAGUGCGCAAUUAGCUGCUCAAAUUCUUAUAAGACCUGAACCUUUUCAAUGUCAAACUACUCUUGCACCAGAGCCACGUGACAUUUAUUGGAGUAAUCUUACAAUUAGAAAUAGGGAAUAUCUUAUUCGAACCAUAUGGGUCAACAUUAUUGUAUUCUUUAUAGUAUUUCUUUGGUCUGGGCCUAUAACAUUUUUUGCAUCGUUGCUAAGCUUAGAAGCUUUAUCAAAAAUAUUUCCUUGGUUAGCGAAUUUGGCAAAUAAAAAUGAAAUGUUGAAAGGUUUAAUCCAAGGGACACUUCCUACCCUUGCAGUAUCUUUGUUUAACAUAGUUGUUCCAAAAAUUAUGAUUGUUCUUUCCAAACGUCAAGGAUUUCAUGCACGUAGUGUGAUCGAGUUUUCAACAUUUGCCAAAUAUUAUUUCUUCUUAUUGUUUAAUGUUUUACUUGCCUUUACUGUUGCUGGUGCUGUGUUUACCACUAUACAAGAAAUUAUUGAUAAUCCAACAGGAAUUGCACAUAAACUGGCAACAACUUUACCACAAGAAUUGGAUUAUUUCCGGCACAUUUAUUACAAAUAA